AUGUAUCUGUUUAUUUGCUUCUACCUCCUAAUGAGUUUUUUUGAAGAAGUUCAUGGCUUUUGUCCUUCACAAUGCACAUGCGUUUACCAUGGCAGAAGUGAUGGCACUGGAACAAGGUCUGUACUCUGUAAUGACCCUGACAUGUAUGAGAUCCCUGUGAAUGUUCCUGUGGAUACUGUAAAACUUCGUAUAGAGAAAACUGUCAUACGAAGGAUUCCGACUGAAGCCUUUUACUACCUGGUAGAUCUCAAAUACCUGUGGGUCACUUACAACUGUGUAGCCAACAUUGAUAUCAGCAGCUUCUAUAACUUGAAACAACUGCAUGAGCUGAGGCUGGAUGGUAAUCUGCUUUCAACUUUCCCUUGGGAAUCCCUGGCAGAGAUGCCAAACUUACGGACUCUUGAUCUUCACAACAACAAAGUGACCAGCAUUCCUGCUGAUGCUGGCCGCUACCUGAGAAACCUGACCUACCUGGACCUGUCCAGUAACAAGCUGACCACCUUGCCAUCAGAUCUCAUGGACAUUUGGCCUCCCUUCUCAGGAGCUAUCGUGUCCAAGAAUACAGACAUUCUGGUGACACAGAGAGUAAUCUUGGGUUUUCAGGACAACCCAUGGUUUUGUGACUGUCGCAUUUCAAAGCUAAUUGAAUUUUCCAAAAUUGUGGACACCUCCGUUGUACUUCUUGAUCCAUUGAUUUCAUGUAGUGGACCUGAGAGCCUGGCAGGAAUCUUGUUCCAGAGAGCUGAGUUAGAGCAGUGUCUUAAACCAUCUGUGAUGACCUCGGCAACGAAGAUCACCUCCCCGCUGGGCAGCAAUGUCCUGCUGCGCUGUGACGCCACCGGGUACCCAACACCACAGCUCACUUGGAAUAGGUCAGACAAUAUUCCAGUGAACUAUACAGUAAUUCAAGAAAGUCCUGGAGAGGGUGUCAGAUGGUCCAUAAUGAGCUUGACAGGAAUUUCGUACAAGGAUGCAGGAGAAUACAGAUGUAAAGCCAAGAACUUGGCAGGAAUGUCAGAAGCUGCUGUGACUGUCACAGUGGUUGGUGUAGUUACUACAACUGUGUCACCACAGAAAUAUGGGAGGAAGCCAGAGGCUGAGAGGCAGAAUACAACUCAGGAGGAAUCCAAGCAGGAACCCGAGAGGACAACCACACCUCUUCCCACCACACCAACCACUACAGCUCUGGUUAGCACUGAAAGAUCAACCAGCGCGGCGUUGCCUGACAAAAAGCAAUCCAGGCUCAUGUUAGAUGGAAAGAAACUUUCAAAGGCAGCGACAAAUGGAAACAAAAAGCAGAUUGGAGAUUCAAACAAGAAGGGUGAGGAUACUUCACUGAACACAGCUGGUACUGCUGAGCAAAAUGUUACUGUGAAGAACCUAAGAGUGAUCAGCGAAACUGAUGAAAGAGUGACCUUAACUUGGAAAACUGUCAAUGCCACCGGCAAUUCCGCCGUGACUGUGUUAUACUCCAAGUAUGGUGAGAAAGAUAUGUUGCCUCUCAGCACUGAUUCUAACAAAAACAAAGUCACAAUCGAUGGUUUGCAGCCUAGUACUCAAUAUAUGGCCUGUGUCUCACCCAAAGGCGUGCCACCUACAAAAGAGCAGUGUGUUGUUUUCUCCACUGAUGCAUUAAAUGAUGAAAGCAGCUCUGAGUUCUCUAUUCUGAUAGUGGCCAGCAGUGCAGGCUGCGUGGUUGUUUUACCUUUGAUAUUUUUCUUACUCUACAAAGUUUUAAAACUUCAUUUGAAACCAAAAUCUGCAAAGGAAGCUGAACUUGCAAAAGAGACUUAUGUGCAAUUUGAAACACUGUCGCUGAAGCCUCGAACACUGGGUGCAGGAGAUCAGCUCUGGGCACGAAGGUACACAGAUGAGUCAGAAAGACUUCUCCUUUGCUCCAGGUCAAGCAUGGAUUCUCAAAUGACCUUCAAAAGUGAGGGCUCCAGGUCUGAGUAUCUGUGCUGAACAUGGGUGAGGGUGGAGAUGCAAUAAAUAAUAGGUAAAAUUAAUUUAAAAUGGUGAUCUGGAAGCAGGUUGAUGCUAGAUGGUGGUCAGAAUACGUUAUCUGAUGUAAUAGAGUCUUACUGGAUGGUGGUGGGUAGGAGAGAGAAUAGAAGAAAAAUGUUGCCUGUUUUUUUUUUUUUUAAUGUUUGUGAUUUUGGAUGUGAAGGAAUGGUAUUCUUCCAACGAAAAAUACAGCAUGAAAUGGUUCCGUGGUUAAAGGUAUUUUAUGGUUUUAUUAAAACGUUCUGUUUUUUCUCAUUUUAUCACAUGAUGUGCUAGUGGCAUGUAUCAAACAUGAAUCACAAUCUUCUUGAAAGCAAUGUACUUCGGCAUAAUAGGAAAACAGUUUUAACUACUUCUAUUGGAUCUAAACUUCAUUUGAAUAUCCAAGUUUUCUUCUGACAUCAGCUUGUGCUUUGAAGUGUCACACAGCUGUUUGUACAAUAUCUUGGGUUGAAGUAUUCUCAGGCCAGUCAAGAUGGAAGUCCCAGUUUAUGGACUCUUGAGAGGUACAAUACACAUUGUAUUGUCAUUUUGCAGAUGUUAUUGCAAAGGAAGCUUUAAUGUCUUGGAGCUCAGGUAAGAUAAGCAACUCUGAGAGACACUAGAUAAUUAUAUUGACCUAUAUCAGAUGAUCUUAUUGCAAAAUCUCAGCCUUAGAAUUUACUUGGAUGUGUCUGUCUAUAUACCUCAAUUUCAGAAAUCUCUGUACAGAAAAUUCUGUGGUUCUGUGUAAUACAACACACAUUCUUAUAUGUCAGUAUAUUACACAGAAAAUAUUACAUUGUACUAGUACUGCAGAGUACUGCACUGCAGUAAUGUAAUACCUUUUGAUAUUCAGUAAGAGGAGGUUUUGUCCUCAGGGCAUAUUGGAUGUGAAGUUUAAUGAGCAUAGUGAAAGUUAAUUGUGAGUGUGCUUCCCAAUGUUUAAAAAUCAGGAAUUAAUAGUAACAAUGAAUUCAGAAAUGCCUCUUAAUGAUAAUAAUGAAUAGUAUAUUCUGUACCUGCUUUUUUUUAAAUGCCUGAAGUAAAUAAGAGAACUUUUGUUGUUCUAGGUUCAGAUAUUAUGUUUAGAAGUAUGUGUGAAUUUUGAGCCACAGUUUUUCCUGAAAAUUACAGCUGUGUUGUUUUCUUGGACAUUUAUGCCUGGAGGAACUGUUGGUUUUGCUAGGAAAUUGGGAAUUGACAUUUUCCAGAGGGAGAAAUAUUACUCAAAGCUCCAAACCAAAGUUUAGUUUGUCAGCUUCAAAGCAGUAGCAUUUCUCAUUGUCACUAAUGUAGGAUGAAAUUUUGCCUGCUGGAAUGCUGACGAGCUUAUCUUGACUGGCAUAGCUUGGUGAGAGGCGUCAAAAAGCCUCUGACACAAAAUCAUGGCAGGAAAUGAACACAGUGGAAAGUCUCUGAUGUGCAGUGACCAGGAUCAGUAGAAUGGGUAUUUGAGAGUAUGGGAACUCUCAAAUAAAUAGUAAAGAGUCAAGUGACAUGUUCAAAAGUGCAAAAUUAGCUUGUCUGCUUAGAAUUAGGCUUGGUGUUCCUUUCUGUGUUACAAGUAUGUGUGGUUAAAUAUCAAUCUUUCUUCUUUUUCCAUGAAUCAUUUUGAUUGCAAUGAAAAUAGUUUUAGCUUUCUAAGCUAUUUUACUUUGGCAGGGGCUUUUUUUUGAAAUUUAGGAUUUUUUAGGGAAAAGAGAUUCUCAGUGUGUCAAAACUAAGGUUCAUCUGACACAUUACUGACAAACCAAGUUUGAACAGGACCUGAAGUGUUACAAUACUUGCCUUCUAUUUUCUUGAUAGACAGUAUAAUUGGUAGUUGUUGAAGGUGUUUCCAAUUAAAAACACCAUGUUUCUUGUUAAUGACAACAAUUGUUUUUAACUUCUUUCCUGUAGAGUAUUUGAUUUCAGGUUUCAAAGCUCUAAAUCUAGUUCUGGAGUUCAAAAGUGAUAUCACCUGACUUGUAGGUGAUACAUCAGUAUAUCGAACGGAAGUGGUGCACGGUUCAUUGGAGAGAGAGCUCACUUCUGAAUGUUAAACCUCUUGGUUUGACUAAUGCUUGUGAAAUUAGCAUGUCCUAAAGUCAGAAAUUCAUCUCUGGCCACAUGGGCUAUCCGUAUAUCAAAGGUGAAAUUUACUAUCAAGGGCAUGUUCUUUCAAGAAAACAUGUUAUACAUUAUUUUUUCCACGGUUCUUGAGACCAAAGAGUUACAUAAUCCAGACAUGCUUCUGUAACUCAUGUCAAAACACUGAAUGUGCUGGGGAAUUUUGGCAGGAAUUUGACACAAAGGGCAAAUCACACAAUAAAGACAUUUGCAUUGUAUCACCCAGGAUUGGUUUAACUAAAGGGCUGAAGAAAUACUUUGCUAGGAGAUGUAAUUUUUUAUAUUGUCAAUUGUUAACAAUGGAAUCAUUGUGAGAUAGAUUUUUUCACCCAUAAUGUGUGUAAUGUCUUCUGAAACGCAGUACUGGAUCAAGUAUCAGUAUGAACAGUGUUGAUUAUAAUCUGUGUAGGACAAUCUGGGGAGGAUUUAACUGAUGUUUAUGUAUCGCCUUUUAUAUGUUUUGCACUUUGUUUUCUGAAUUCAUCCUGCUUUUCACCAAAAAGGUUAGAUCUCUUUUUAUACAUUACCUACAAUGGCUGUGUCAAAACUGGAUGACUAAUGAAAUAACUGAGUAAUGUGAGCUGAAUUCUAGGUAAACCUCAUUUUUACUUAAGAGUUUUAGUGGGUGCUAGUACUUAUCAUAUUAAGCCAUAAUCUUGGCUUCAGUGUGCACUUACUAAGCCAAACUUAAGGCAUCUGUGCAUCUAUUUUAGUCCUUGCCAUUGCCCACAGUGGGCUUUAUAUUCCUUUCACCAUCAUCAGAUUCUCAUACUUUUCUCAGGGAGGGAAUUAAGAGAGAAAACUCUUUCAUGUGUAACAUGAAAAUGUCUGUAAUAGCAAAACCAUUCAUGCUUGGACUAUGUCUAGGAGUCUAAACAAAGGGCAUUUCAAACUCAAUACCUUUUCAAAGAAGUAAGUAAAA